AUGGGGAAGCGCAGACGCGCUGUUUCCGAUGUUGCCGGCUUCCUUGAAGAAAUUCUCUCCUGCAGCCGCCUCGACGAGUCCCGGGUGGAGGGUGCGUCCUUGCAGCGGGCCAGCGACGCAGCGGUGGCGCAGCGGGGCUGCAGUAGCAGUCGCAGCCGCAGCCGCAGUCGCAGCCGCAGCGAGAGCAGGAAUGUGACCUCGACAAGCACCAGCAGCCCUGCCUCGCGACUGUUGACGUCGUCAAGUGGGGGCAUCAACUCGUCAGAUUCCCAAAAGAGCACGACGAGUGCAUUUGCAACAGAAAUGAGUUUUUUUUUCCGGGCAGAGGAGGAGCUUGCAGACAUGUCUCUCUACCUGGCACGGGUCGCUUCCUCCGCGCGCACCCCGGCGGCUUUAGUCGCAUUCGUCGAUCACUUCUCAAAGCAUGGCGCCGAGCCAGUCAUGCUGUCGCUCAAGCGUUCAGGGACGCAGCCCAAACUGUUCGAGCUGCUCUGCAGCGGCACUACCUCUGGACUCUCUGAGGAGUAUCAGCAGUGCUUCCUGCGGUUUAUUGCCCUGCUUGUGAAGUUAAGCGACGCGGAGGUGGUUUACGGGGCGGAGCUGAUGAAGUUCCUCCUUCAGUGCUGUCAACGAUGUCCAGCGGCCGCCGUUGAUGCGCAUACACAGUGCACGCGGCCUUUGCACUGGUCCCAGCGAGCUCGGCCAGCCGCAGUCGUGCCGGCGCGUCCAUCCGGCCUAGCUGAACUUAAGGCAGGCGUAAAUGCACUCUGUGAGGAGGAGGAGGAGGGUACUUCUUCCGCCGCGUUGGCGCUUCGUGUGUUGCUGGAGGUUGUCUUUAGACAAAACAGGGGCGUUUCCCACCCAUCUGUUCCCAGCGUUUGCCUUGUCUUUGCUGAGUUCGGGGGUUUUAAGACGGUUUCCGCCCUGCUUGGGGCCGAGGAGUGUGCGGACGCGCUGCACUUGCUGGAGGCUGUGACGCUCUGCGAGGGACUACGCGGGGCCUACGCCUCCGAGCUGCGGAUGACGGCUGCCUCGCUGGUGCGUCUCAUCACCGAGGCUGAGACGCGAGGCGGCGUGGGCGAAGCACGCGGCGAGGAGAAAAACGCCGCCCUGCGCGUGUUGACGAAUGUGACGGGUUUGGUUCCCUCCGUGCUGAGCGGAUCUCCGCAGCAGAGCCGCGCCCUGGCGCUUGUGGCCGCGGACACUUUGACAGACGCCGAGGCGAUUCCUGACACACUUGCAUUCACGCUCUGCCUCACCACGAACAUCGUCAAGUGGGAGGCGCGCGAGCACGCCGACGAGUUCACCGGUUUUCUUGUCGAGGACGCCUCGUUUUUGACGCGCGUCGCGGGUUUGGCCUUUCGCGCGUACCAUGCCGAGGGCACGGAGAGGCACGUCCUCGCCGGCUACUACGCGCUGCUUCUAGCCGUCCUCUCCCUCUGCGCUACGCCCAGGCUGCAGCUGCGCGUUCCCGUCAUGACGGCUGUCGCCCACGCCACGCGAGGGACGGCGGCGCUGAAGAAGGUGGCGACGAAACCCAUGACGCUCAUCGUCGCCGUCCUGCAGGAGUUUCUCCUGUUCCAGAGCUCAGCAGGCGCGCUGACGCGGGACAGCCUCGUCUCAAUGAGCGGCAUCAUCGAUAGUGUGGUUCGCUGCAAUGGCAUAGAUGUCUCAUCAGAUGAAUAA